AUGAUGAAAAACAAAAUAAAAGAAAGAAGGAAAAAAGAACAGAGGAGUAAGAACAUCGGCUGUCAAGCCGGAGAAGGGGCGGAGGGGGGUGGCAUCAGUUCACUCACUCCAACUAUUUCAUCCGUGCCUGCCUUCUCGACGCCGCCCGUCGCCGGCACCGUGGGAUCCACCUUCUUUCCUGCCCCUGCAGCAGCCGACGAUGCAGACGCCACGGCGGCGCCAGCAGACGCAAAAAUACAAAGCACGACCUCGGCGGACCUCAUUGUGCACGCGCAGCAGCAAAAGGAGACACCCCUGCUAAAAAAUAGAAAAAAGCAGGUAGAUGUAUGUAAAAAAAAAAAAGUCGAGUCUAUAAAGGGGGGGCCCAAAAAAAGAAGAAGAAUCGACAAAGAUGCGACUAAUGGCAACGUCCGAUGA